AAAAUGUUAACAGUGAGUGAGGUGCUGGUAUUUUUUGUGGUGUCUCUGCUCUUGAUAGAGUUUCUGAAAUUUCAAUGGAUGCGAAGACGAUUUCCUCCUGGACCAACUCCAUAUCCCUUCUUUGGAAAUCUGCUGCAGAUGAACUUCAAAGUUCAUCAUGAGCAUCUUAAAAAAAUGGCCAAAAUUCAUGGUAAUAUCUUCACCUUAUGGUUUUCAAACACUCCUGCAGUUGUCCUGCAAGGGUUUCAUGCAGUGAAGGAAGGUCUGACUGCCCAUGCUGAAGAUGUUGCUGGAAGGCCCACAAGCAAAAUCUUUCACCUUCUGACACAUGGAAAUGGUGUUAUGUUCUCUAAUGGUCAUCUCUGGAAGCAGCAGAGGCGUUUUGGAAUUGCAACAAUGAGGAAAAUGGGAGUAGGGAAAAAAGACCAGGAUUAUCUACUGCAAGAGGUGGCUGCUGACUUGGUGGAAUAUUUACAGGAAACAAAUGGAAAACCUCUGGAUCCUGCUCUACCUGUUGUUCAUACGGUCUCAAAUGUGAUUUUUUCUAUGAUUUUUGGACAUCGUUUCUCCAGAGAUGAUGAGAAUUUUCACCGCCUGAUUGAAUCCUCUGACACCAUAGCAGCAUUUUUGAACAGCAUCUCCUUUUUUGUAUAUGAAUUGUCUCCCUGGCUUGCUGGUCUUUUUUUGCCAUCAUUUAAAAAGGUUAAGUCCUCUGCAGAUUUUGUGAAGGCUCUGAUAGCAAAGGAAUUUGAAAGUCACAAAAGAAAAAGAAAACAUGAUGAAAAUCGAUAUUUUAUUGAUUACUAUUUGGAUGAGAUAGAUAAAACUAAAGGAGAUGCUCAUGCUACUUAUGAUGAAGUAAACUUGAUGCAGACUCUUGUUGACCUCUUCAUAGCAGGCACAGAAACUACAGCCACCACUUUAAUGUGGGCAUUGCUCUAUAUGGUGAUUUAUCCUGAAAUUCAAGAGAAAGUCCAGAAGGAGCUGGAUGCUGUUGUGGGUUGUUCCCACGUAUUUUGCUAUGAGGACAGGAAAAAGUUGCCCUACACAAAUGCUGUAAUUCAUGAGAUCCAGCGCUACAGUAACAUCAUCUUAAUUGCACUGCCCAGAGCGAGUAUGAAGGACACAGAUCUGAUGGGAUAUCAUAUUCCAAAGAACACCAUAGUUUUAGCAAAUAUUGACUCUGUUUUGGCUGAUCCUGAAAAAUGGGAGACACCUGAUCAGUUCAACCCAGGCCACUUUCUGGAUGAAGAUGGAAACUUUGUAAACAGAGAAGCAUUCUUACCAUUUGGUAUAGGGCACCGUGUGUGCAUGGGGGAGCUGCUGGCAAGGAUGGAGCUCUUUGUUGUCUUUUCCACCUUGCUACAAGCAUUCACAUUCACUCUGCCAGAAGGAGUGAAGGAAGUCAACACCAAGUUUGUUUUUGGGAGCACCAUGAAGCCACCUCCCUACCAGCUCUGUGCCAUUCCUCGAUAGGAAAUGGCAGAUUCAGGGAAGAGUCUCUCUG